AUGGGCGUUCCAGCUGGUGAUGUUGAGAAGGGCAAGAAGCUGUUCGUGCAGCGUUGCGCACAGUGCCACACCGUUGAGGCCGGUGGCAAGCACAAGGUCGGUCCCAACCUGCAUGGUCUGAUCGGUCGCAAGACCGGCCAGGCGCCCGGUUUCGCCUACACAGAUGCCAACAAGGCUAAGGGUAUCACCUGGAACGAGGACACACUGUUCGAGUACCUGGAGAACCCCAAGAAAUACAUCCCCGGCACCAAGAUGAUCUUCGCCGGUCUGAAGAAGCCCAAUGAGCGCGGUGAUCUGAUUGCCUAUCUGAAAUCGGCCACCAAGUAAAUCUAGACACCACCUUAGCAAACAGGAUAAUUCUGUAUUACGGUCGAUAUCACCACAACAACAACAA